AUGGAGGAUGACAACCCACUUUUUCAAGUGCGCUGGAGCAACCACCAAAGCACUUUGAUCAGCUUAUUCGACACGUUGCUGGAUAGUGGCGCGUUGUCCGAUUGCACCUUGGCGGCUGAGGGUCAAUACCUAAAGGCCCACAAAGUCGUAUUGUCGGCAUGCAGUCCAUACCUAGAACUUUUAUUGAGCCAACAUAAUGAAAAGCAUCCGAUUGUCAUACUGAAGGAUUUUAAGUUCCAAGAAUUAAAAAGUUUGAUGGAUUACAUGUACAGGGGGGAAACUAAAAUUUCCAAAAACCAGUUGAGAAGUUUCCUGAAAGCUGCAGAAUCUCUGCAGAUCAAGGGUCUGUGUGAAGGUAGUGGCAACGAAGACAGCACAGCCUCUUCAGCACCGGCUAAGGCACCUGUUGCUACACAGGUCAGAAAAUCAAUCCAACAGUCUGUCACACGUGGUCCAUCUACAGUAGCACAAGGUUUAACGAUAGAGAGGAAGCCAGAAAGUCCACAAAUCAGGUCUUUUGAUGAUGGGGCCUCAACUACUAUAAAACGACGGCGCAUCCAGCGUAGGCCGUUGACAAGUGACGAUCCUGACAGUUAUAUUUAUGUAAGCAACUCUUGUGAUGUACCGCUCCUUCAGGCCGGAAAAUCAAUCCAACAGUCUGUCACACGGGGUCCAUCUACAGUAGCACAAGGUUUAACGAUAAGGAGGAAGCCAGAAAGUCCACAAAUCAGGUCUUGUGAUGAUAGGACCUCAUAUACUAGAACACCAUGGCGCAUCCAGCGUAGGUCGUUGAUAAGUGACGAUCCUGACAGUCAUAUUGAUGUAAGCAACUCUUGUGAUGUACCUCUCCUUCAGGCCGGAAAAUCAAUCCAACAGUCUGUCACACGUGGUCCAUCUACAGUAGCACAAGGUUUAACGAUAAGGAGGAAGCCAGAAAGUCCACAAAUCAGGUCUUGUGAUGAUAGGGCCUCAUAUACUAGAACACCAUGGCGCAUCCAGCAUAGGUCGUUGACAAGGGACGAUCCUGACAGUCAUAUUGAUGUAAGCAACUCUUGUGAUGUACCGCUCCUUCAGGCCAGAGCCCUGAAGGACGUUGGUGUUCCUAACAUUCCUGCCACCAUAACCAAAGAUGCGCCGUUGGAUGACAGUGAUCAUGAGACUGAUAACAGCCGCAUCAACAACCACAAUGCAUCAGCUACUGAAGGUGUAGCAGGACCAAAGAUCGAACCGACUGAUGAACUGAUAUAA